ACAAGUCCCGUGGUUCUGCGGCUCGGUCGAGUCGAGCCGGUGUGAUGCGUCAAGCCGGUGAAUCAGCCGUGAGGACUUAGGGGAAGAAAAAAAAAAAAGAAGAGAGGAUGGAAAAGAGGGGAGGAAAGAAGGAGGAGGAGGGUGCAAAAAGCCUUUGCCUUGUUGUUGAGCGUGUCACACAUUUAAGACCACACAAGUCAAAAGGAGAGAGGCUCCAUCCUCAGGGACACCUUCUUCAAAGCAUCACCUGCUUCAUCACUUCUUCCAAAGGACUACAAAGACCCAGGACACAUUUAAGGGCUCCUUCCAGCCCAGACUCAACUUCUGAGGGAGAGCAAGAGUUACAGAGAGAGAGAGACAAUCAAAGGGAAAUACAAGGAUUUUAAAAGAAAAUGACAUUUUGCAAAGCCACGGUCCAUCAAAGCCACCGCGUCUUCCUGUUGGCUGUUGCCAUGGCGACGGCCGUGCGCUGGUCCCACGGCCUGGCCAGCGAGAGGAGCUCCAUCGAGCGCACGUACGAGCUGACCAAGUAUCUGGAGUACCAGCUGAAGGAGAUCAAAGACGUCUACUUGACGUAUCUGGGCGCCCCGUUCAACGAGAAAGACUUCUCCCCUCCGAGACCCAACAGCAGCGCUCUCUCCCUGCCCAGUGCCGCCACCCGCCUGGAACUGUGGCACGGCCUGGAGAACCAAGCCCGGCUGGCCCAGAACCAGAAGGCCUACUCGGUCCUGCUGGCGGCGGUGAGGGAGCUGGCUCGCUCCACCCUCUGCCCCUCCCUCCGCACCUCCCUGCUGCACUUCUGCAUCGGCCUGGACGGCCUUCUGGGCUCCAUAUCGGCGCUGAUGACCACCCUGGGCUACGCCCUCCCUCCGUCGUUAAACCCCGCCGACCAGUACCCUCAGAGCGGGUUGGAGGGAGACCACCCGGCCCCGCUGGUCAGCAGGAGCUCGUCCAGGACCAGGACCAGGACCAGGACGGAAAGACGGAGCGAUGCGAGGGAGGUCCGGGGGGAGGACGUGAAGAGAAGGAAGGCGGCCGCAGCUGCUGGAAGGAGCGGCGGGUCCGGGGAGAAGAGGAGGAGAGGGAGGCGGGAUGAAGCGGAGACUUGGAUGGAGGAAGAGGAAGCAGGAGGCGGGAGGAGGCGCUUGCUGAGCAUCAGCGAGGAUGAAGAAGAAGGCUACACUUACAACGUGGACACGCUCAGAGAGGAGGACGGCGGGAGCAUUUUGUCCCACCUUCAUCACCGACCUCCUCGCUCCCUCCUUUUCACGCCCACACUGCAGCCGCCGUCAUUCGCCCUCGCCCUCCUCCACCGGGAGGGCCGCGCCCUGUCGCCGUCCUCGCCCUCCUCCACCUCCGUGCUCCUCGCCGUGCGGCCCGCCAUGAACGACUUUGCCCGCAAGGUGGAGGGCUUCUGGGUGCUGCGCGAGCUGCAGAGCUGGCUGUGGAGGUCGGCCAAGGACUUCAACCGCCUGAAGAGGAGGCUCCGAGGCUGA